GCUCCAGGAGGAGAAGUGCUUCAUGAAGUUCAAGAUGGACGAGCACAACCGCAUCAAGUGCAUAGCUUGGGCGUACCCAGAGCAAGAGCAGAAUGCGCGGCGAUACCAUCGCGUCAUCUUGCAGGACAACACGUUCAACACCAACGUCUACAAGUUCUUCUUGGCACUAAUCGUGGUCGUGGACAUGGAGAACUACACCCAGAUUGCGAUGCAGGCGCUGCUGUCGAACGAGCGGAGUGAAGACUUCAUCUUCCUCAUGGAGACCUUCAAGGAGCUCUGCGGUGGACUGAUGCCACAGGUGGCCUUCACUGACUGUGACCAGGGAGCAAUGGGGGCUAUCGCGGAAGUCUUUCCAGGGGCGUUGAACAAGUUGUGCAUCUGGUACGCAAUGCAGAACAUCCGGAAGCAUGGGAAAGGUCUUGCGGAUGGUGCCCUGCAGUCGGUGCUUCAGAACUUCAAGGCAGCGGCAUUCGCUGCAAGAGUCGAGGAUUUCGUGCGGUACAAAACAGAGCUCCCCCGGCUGUUGCCGCAGGAGAGCGCAAUGCACAAGUACAUGGAAGGAACCAUCUUCGGUGCAGGGCGGGUAGAGAAGUGGGCGUCAUGCGUCCACCCUGGUCUCCACAAGCUCGGCAUCGCCUCCACACAGCGCUGCGAAGCGACUUUCACUGCGCUGAAGCUGGUGGUGACCAGGAACGGGAACAUGGUCGAUCUCAACCGCGCGCUCUUGUCCAAGGUUCAGGAUGACGCCAUCAAGACCCAAAGCCGAAAUAAGGGGGGGGCGGUCACCCGCGUGCCUGUGAGGAAAGUGUCCCCUCAGGAAAGCGUCAAGGCCAGCUUCCUUCGGCACUUUAGCUUCGUCUUCGAAGCAAUGGAGCACGAGAGGUGCAGCAGGCACGCCAAGGAGGAUGUGGAAGAGCAGAUCUUCGCAGCAUUCGGGUACGAGGCCGUGACUGUCGCGACUGGCCAAGAUGCGGUGAGGACCCUGCUCGCGGAGUUGGUGGCAGAUCCGACGAAAGCGAACCUGGCCUACGACAUCUGCUCCGGGGAGUUUAUAGAUCCGGGAGGAGAGGCCGCCGGUCCCGCUCAUGUCACCAUGGCGACCCGAACGUCCGUGGCUCACUUUGCGGAUUUGCUCCACGACCAGAACGUCGAGGAACUGGUGCGCAUCACCAUCUUCAACGCCCAAAGUGAGUUCGGUCACCUCGUUGCCCUUGGACCGGAUGGCUUCUUUCUCUGUACGUGCCUGCGAAUGCUGGUCUACGGGCUGCCGUGCCCACAUUGCAUCAAGGCCUUGGCGCACAUGCGCGGCAACGACAAGGUCUUCAGCUUCAAUGCAGCAUGCAUUUCACCUCGCUGGCGUGACAGCGAGACGUCGUGGACGAUGGCGCACCUGGCCGCUAAGCCUGCCAGGCUAGCGACUGCAGAUGCGGAGCUUGCCGGGCUGCCGGUCAUCGACCCCAACUCGGUCGUCGUUUCCUACUCCAGCGCCACCGUCGCAGCCACCGUCGCAGCAGCCGGGUACGCGGAUGCCGUCUCGUACGGGAAAAAAAUGGGUGGCAAACUGAGAGGCAUCACCUCGUCGGCGGGCAUCCAACGCGUUCUGGAGAGCACGUAUGACUUCUUCUUGCAGCAACUCGAGGUGGAGAAGAGGUCGCAGUGAAACGAGUCAACGAGCCGGGUGUUCUCCGGCACGCGGCAGGGAGAAGCCGGAGGGGCGGGCCCAGGGGGGACGGGAGGACGGGGUGAAAGUUGCUCCACAACAUCUGGGAGCAGGACGGGGCGGAAGGCGGGGCGGGGUGGGAGUGGCUCCACAACAUCUGGGAGCAGGGCGGGGGCGAAGGCUGGGCGGGGUGAGAGUGGCUCCACAACAUCAGGGAGCAGCGCAUGGGGGGUGGUGCGCGGAGACUCGGGUUGUUUGGUGACGGGCAUGGCAAGCCCUCUCGCGGGGGCUCUGGCUGUCCAACCGCCAGCAGCAGCCGCGGGCGCCGUUAUUCGUGCUCAGGAGGCGCAGGUUUGGCCACUUCCUCGAUAACCGGCCAUCUUGCUACCUUGGAGAACCUGCUGCCGCCUGUGCGCCAGAAACAAACGGGGCAGAGCCGUAGGCACAAGUCAAAGUGACCGUAGUGGAUGACUCGCCCCACCAUCAUCAGGGAAAUAUUCGCGCCCCUACCGGUGGCGGGGGUUCGGGGGUUCGUUCACAUUGCCGCCCUCGAGUAUAUUUCGGAUUCCCUAUUUUUACCUUCCUCGGUGGUACCCAG